ACCCGCUCGGCUGUCGGAGUGUGCGACUCUCCCACGAUUUUUGAAUCCAGAUGAGUUGUAAUUCACAUCUGGUGCAAACAGAACCAAGAUGAUUUUCUUCAUGGACCUCCAGGUGAUGCUGCUGGAUGUGAUCUACUUCAUCCUGCGGAACACUUUGCGCAUCGUCCUGCGUCCUCGAACCAAGCCCAUCGACGGUGAGCUGGUGCUGAUCACCGGAUCUGGCGGUGGUCUGGGUCGAAUCUUCGCUCAGGAGUUCGCCAAACAUGGAGCGGACGUGGUGCUGUGGGACACCAACAGCACCACUAACCAGCAGACGGCCAAGCUGGUGCGGGAGAGGGGAGGCAAGGCCUUCACCUACACGGUGGACGUGACCAACAGGGAGGAUGUGUACCGGAACGCAGAGCAGGUCAGAAAGGAUCUGGGCCGGGACGUCACCAUGCUGAUCAACAAUGCAGGCGUGGUGGCGGGAGAGAGGAUCCUGGACUGUCCCGAUGACCUGGCAGAGAAGACCAUGAAGGUCAACUGUCACGCCCUCUUCUGGACGGUGAAGGCGUUCCUGCCCCGCAUGAAGGCCCAGAACCACGGACACAUUGUGACCAUCGCCAGCGUCCUCGGCCUCUUCAGUACGGCGUGUGUUGAGGACUACUGUGCCAGUAAAUUUGCUGCGGUCGGGUUCCAUGAAUCCCUGGCUCAUGAACUGCUGGCCGAGGAGGUUGACGGGGUGAAGACGACUCUGGUGUGUCCCUACAUCGUGGACACAGGCAUGUUCGAAGGCUGCAAAAUACGGAAGGAAGUGGAGCUUGUCCUCGCCCCUCUGCAGCCGCAGUACUGUGUGGAGCAGGCCAUGAACGCCAUACUCAUCGAUCAACCGCUCGUGUGCAUCCCGCGCCUCACCUACCUGCCUUUUCUGUCCAGAGCGUUGUUGCCGUGGGAAUCUAACGUGGUCACUUAUCGGUUCAUGGGGUCCGACAAGUGCAUGUACCCCUUCAUUGAAACCAAGAGGAGGCAGACGUCAAACGGUGUCACUGUGGCAGCCUGAACACGGAGAGCAGUCAGAAAUGACAUUGUUUACAUCGUAGAAUGAAGCCGGAACCAUGAGAGCGCCAUAUUCAGCUGAGUGACUGGAAAGAAGAGAAUGUCUGAGAGAAGAGACUUUAGACUUGAAACGUGAACACUGUCGACGAUGACGACUCAGGCAGGUGGUCAUCCCCGAAACAUGAUGUUCAGAUCGAGUCUAGCGUCUCUUCAAAAUGGUGGCUGGCUCUGUGCCAGACCAAGACUUGAAAUGUCUGAAGACAUGCUGAUUGUUUACACAAAGUAAACGCCUUUUA